AUGCACUCAGCCCUCCUCAUCAGCCUCGCCCUCGCCUUCACCGGCACCCAAGCCACCCUAAAACCCUGCGUCAACAACGCCGUCGGCGGCAUAGACCCCUCCGACAUCCCCUCAGACUGCCAACCCUGCAAAUCCUCCCCCGACAUCCAAGCCGCCGAGUGCGCCUGGAACACGCGCUGCCACUCCAAAGACGGGACCCAGACAUUCGCAAUCUUCUACCGCGAUACGUCGAAGCAGAACCGUCUCAAUGUGCCUCUAGGGCUCUGCGUGGCGUACUCUGAUGCUUGUAAUUUUCAGCCUACGGUCGAUGAUUUGUCGGAUGAUUCGAGGGAUUUGCAGACGUUUUUCUGGUAUGAGCAGAGUGGAGGGGAGGAUGGACAGGGGACGGAUUGUAUGAGGGAUUUUAAGAGUGGGCAGUGUAAGUGUGAGAAUAGUGAUGGGAGUUCGAUUGUGGGGGGUGUGCCGUUUGUUGAUUGUUUCUGA